UCUCCAAAUUUGACAUCAUAUCUUUUUUUGCCCAAUAUCCACGUGAUCAAGCAUGUCGUUACCCACAGAACCCAUCCACUGGACCCGAGAGGGAUUCCUCAUCUCCACCGAUAAGAGAUAUCUCUCGCCCACAGCCAUUAACCAUGCAUUCGCGCAGGACUACAUGUACUGGGCCAAACCAUUUCCCGAGGAUAUUCUAAAGAAAAUCAUCGAGAAUUCAUUCUGUCUUGGCGUCUACGACCUCCGCUCGCAUCGACUCUGCGAUGAUGAGAACGAACACCCACAGCGACCGGUCGGAGACUUGAAUGUAGCCGAUGUGAAGCAGAUCGGGUUCGCCCGGCUGGUAACUGAUGGCGUCACAUUCGCCUACCUCACCGACUUAUAUGUUCUACCGGAGUACCAAGGGCAGGGGCUGGGUGGGUGGCUCAUCGACUGUGUGGACGAGGUAGUCCGCCCCCUGCCGUACUUGCGGUGGCUGAUGCUGCGGACCUCGGCCGCAAAGAGUCAGGCGUCGUAUGAGACCCGGCUCGGGAUGAAGGUGCUUGAUACCGGGGAUGUCAGCCAAGGCCCCGUCAUGAUGGGGAGACAGGGAACGGCUGGAGGAGUGUAACCAUCAAAGGUUCUUGGGGGCAAGGAUGUGGUUCACACUCGGAUCUCAGGAAAUGAUGUAGCUCCGAUUUCGUUACUAGAGGAGUACGGAAUGAUAGAGACUGACCAGAGAAGACAUUGGCGCUCCACCCUACCUUA